GCGAGCCUGCCGGCGGGCUGUGCUGCAAUCAAGAUGGCGGCGGGGCCGGAGCGAGGGUGAGCGGAGGCGGUGGUGGUUCCGCGGCGCUGCCUGACACCGGGCAGGAAGAAGCGAUGGGUCAACCGCCCGGUUGCUUUUGCUUUCCUUGAAGAGGGCAGCCUCGGGGCUGGGAUGCGCAGGCCAUGGCGAGCAUCAUAAAAAAGCAGAUCCUGAAGCACCUUUCCAGGUUCACCAAAAACCUGUCACCAGAUAAAAUCAACUUGAGCACCCUAAAAGGAGAAGGACAGCUAACCAAUUUAGAGCUGGAUGAAGAAGUACUUCAGAACAUGCUAGAUCUUCCCACCUGGCUUGCCAUCAACAAAGUAUUUUGCAAUAAAGCAUCUAUCAGGAUACCAUGGACAAAACUGAAAACACAUCCAAUCUGUUUGUCACUGGACAAAGUAAUAAUGGAAAUGAGUACAUGUGAAGAACCUCGUGCCCCUAAUGGACCAUCUCCAAUAGCAACUGCAUCAGGGCAAAGCGGGUAUGGUUUUGCAGAAAAAGUUGUAGAAGGAAUAUCUGUUUCUGUGAACUCCAUUGUAAUCCGAAUUGGAGCAAAAGCCUUCAAUGCUUCAUUUGAACUUUCCCAGUUGAGAAUAUAUAGUGUAAAUGCAAAUUGGGAACAUGGUGAUCUAAGAUUUACUCGGUUACAAGAUUCUCAGCGUGGUGAAGUAUUGACAUUUAAAGAAAUAAACUGGCAGAUGAUCAGAAUAGAAGCGGAUGCAAUUCAAAGCUCUCAGCAUGAAAUAAUGAGUGCUCCAGUUCGCCUGAUUACUAACCAGUCCAAAAUUAGGGUCACACUAAAAAGAAGGCUAAAGGAUUGUAAUGUGGUGGCAUCCAAGCUGAUUCUAAUAUUAGAUGAUUUGCUGUGGGUUUUGACUGAUUCCCAAUUGAAAGCUAUGGUGCAGUAUGCCAAAUCUCUUAGCGAAGCAAUAGAAAAGUCAGCUGAACAGAGAAAAAGUCUAGCUUCUGAACCCACUCAAAGUUCUACUCCUGCGCCCAGUACACAGCAAGUAAAAACACAGCAAUCAUCAGCAGCUGCUGAUCAAAAUGAUGCAAUUGUGAAACUAUUCAAUGAAUUUGAUGUUAAGGAAACUUCUUAUCAUCUAGCAGUUUCCCACUUGGAUCUGCAUAUAUGUGAUGAUAUUCAUGCUAAGGAGAAAGAUGCAAACAGACGUGUUUCAGGAGGUGCUAUGCAGCUAUCUUUUAGUCAACUAACCGUAGACUACUACCCUUUUCACAAAGCAGAUGACAGCUGCAGCCAUUGGAUGCAUUUUAGCGAUGCUACCAAAGCCAGAAGCGGAUGGGCAGAAGAAUUACUACAGGAAUUCAGAAACAAUGUAGAAUUGCUUAAGCAGGCUGUGAAGGAUCACGGAGGAGAGUCUCCCACUGAAUCCUCACCUCAGGGGUCUCCUCAGCACGUACAGACAGGCAAGGAACAAGUACCUAAAGAAAUUGCUAAGCCUUCGUCUGUGUCAUUGGAGCAACCAAAGGAUAAAUUAAUGUCCAGCCCUGUGGUGGUUAGACUUGCAGAUGUUAACAUUUAUCAGGUCUCUACAGCAGAGCAGUAUCGUUGUUCUCCUAAAACUCUUAUUUCUUGCAAUAAAAAGUCUCUAUACCUUCCAUCAGAAAUGCCAGCCAUUCAUAUUGAAUUCACUGAAUACUACUAUCCAGAUGGAAAGGACUUUCCUAUUCCCAACUCCAACCUGUACGUCCAGCUAAAUGCUUUGCAGUUCACUCUGGAUGAGAGGAGUAUGCUUUGGUUAAACCAGUUUGUGCUGGACUUGAAACAGAGUCUCAGUCAGUUCAUGGCCAUGUACAAGUUAAAUGAUAAUUCAAAGUCAGAAGAACAUGUUGAUGUCCGAGUUGAUGGGUUAAUGAUAAAGUUCAUAAUUCCUUCUGAGAGGAAACAAAAUCAUAGGGAUGACCCAAAUGCAAUUUCCAUCCAGAGUUCUGAAGUGAUUGCUACAAACACUAGACACUCGCCCAACUGUAGACACUCUGAUUUGGAAGCAGUGUUUCAAAACUUUAAAGACUCUGAAUUUUUCAGCAGAACUUUCACAAGUUUUCCAAAAUCCCCGGACUGUUUUAAUCUUUUGCAUCCAAUCUUCCAGCGACAUGCUUAUGAGCAAGAUACAAAGAUGCAUGACAUCUACAAAGGCUUUAUUGUCCCCAGACUAAACAAAUGUGCACUUAAAACAUCUGCUGCUUCUGAUGUCUGGGCAGUGCAUUUCUCCCAAUUCUGGGUAGACUAUGAAGGAAUGAAGAGCGGGAAAGGAAGGCCAAUAAGCUUUGUGGACUCAUUCCCACUUACAUUGUGGAUUUGCCAGCCAACAAGAUUUGAACAGUCACUUAAAGAGCCUUUCUCCUAUGGGCACAAACUUCUUAAUGUUGCAAAAAGUGAUUCUAGUGACUUUGCUGGUCGAUUACAUCGUAAAAGACUUCUGAAAGAAUAUUAUAGCACUGAGAAAGAAACCUUGACCAAUGGUACAGAAAACCUGUGCCCUGUGAACAGUAUUUCAGGAUUCCCAUCUACAUGCUUUAGAACUGAUGCAGAUGUUCAUGUUCUUGUUCACAUUCAAAAACAUGUGAGCAUGCAGAUCAACCACUACCAGUAUCUUUUCUUACUCUACCUCCAAGAAUCCCUAGUAUUGCUCCUCGAUAACUUAAGGAAAGAUGUAGAGACUGUGACAGGAAAACCUGCUAAACAGGCAGAUGUUUGUAUUGGGAUCUUGCUGAAAAGUGCAGACAUAGCUCUGUUACUCCAUCCACUGACACAGGGAACCGCUUGCAAAUCUCCUGUUUUGGAAGAAGAAAGUCCAGUGGCUUCAGAUCUCUCACCUGUGGAAAAUGGAGAAAUGUGUACAUCAGAAAACAAGCUAAUACCUCCUCAUGCUGCCCAGAUAGGCAACUUAGAUACAAAUGCUGAUAUUAGUAAAGCCAUUCUGACAGAUCCGCUUUUCAAAUCAGACAGUGAUACGGAUUUGCGAAGAGGAAGUUCUUUCUCAGAUGACGCAUCAGAAAAACUGUUUGAAAAAAUAAAUGAUGAAAAUAGCAGUGGACUCUUCAGUAGAAGUGAUUCAGAAGAAAUUUGUGAGUCAGUAAGUGAUAAGAGUAGCACAUAUGCCAGGGAACUGGUUAAUGUUUUAAGUUGCAAAGAAGGUUCUAUUGAGAUGCUUACGGACAAGGAACAUGACAAAAAUGAGUUUGUGAAUAAGGAAAGUGGAGUAGGAGGCACACUUCAGAAAGUUGCAGAGUUUGAAUCUGAUGUUUGGCAGUCUGAAGAGGUUGAAAAUGACAAAGAAAAGUUGACCGCAGCCAAAAUGCUUGUAUUUCCACCUUCAUUAAGUGGAAAGCCUAAGGAACCCUGCCAGUCCAAUCUCCCUGCAUUCUCUGUUUCUUAUAAGAAUAUGAAGAAAAGUCCAUCACAAGCCUCUUUGGAUACCAUUUCUACUGAUAGCAUGUUGUUGGAGGAACACUACUUGGAGAGUGAUGGAAGUGAUAGCCAAAGCUUUUUUGAAAGAGCGAUCAUGUCAAGCAGACCAGCGGAAAACACUCCUGAUGAAAGUACAGUGAUGGAGAAUUGUGGUGGACCUUCUCCCGAUGACCUCAGUGCAGCUUCAGAGGGUGCUCAGGAGGCUAGCGAAGAAAUGAUGUCUGUUGUGGUUUUCAAAAUUUUUGGUAUAAAUGGUGAAAUUGAUCUCAGAGGUGAAGAUACAGAAGUGUGCAUUCAAGUAAAUCAAGUGAAACCAAAUCAGUUAGGCAAUAUCAGUGUUCGACAUUAUCUCUGCAAUCGAACAGCAGGUUCAGAUCCUAAAUCUGUGACCGGGCCAGUUAAAUCAGCACCUGAAAUAAGACUGAGAUGGGAAAGUGGACCCAGUGCUAUAAAAUACUCAUUACUUUGUGAGAAAAAUGGGUUUCUACAGUGUCAUAUAGAAGAUCUCAGCACCGAUUUUUUAACUUCUUCACUCAUGAACAUUCAGCGUUUUUUGGAAGAUGAAAUGGUUGCAGAAGUGAUGCCUAUGAAAAUUAAAAUUACUAAUACAAGAAUCAACUUAAAAGAUGACACCCCACGUGACAAUCUGACUGCUCCUGAAUCAGUCCCUAUAACACUGCAUAUUGACCUACUUAUUCUAGAAAGGAAAGAUGAUGGUUCCUUUUGCAUCAGAGAUAACCGCAUACUUAGUAGUGAUUUACCAAAGAAUAAGACCAGUGGAAGUUCAAGUGAUCAGGCUGCUGAAGUUAGUACGCAUACAAAACAGAACUAUCUCUCCCAAGCCACACAAACAUCUCCAGAAAUUGCUAGAUCUCCUAAUGUGUUGAGGUCACUCUCUGAUUCAGUUAAAGAGCAGCUUAUUGAAGAAAAUGAAUGUCUGAAACAGGAAUUAGCCAAAGCUAAGAUGGCGCUUGCUGAAGCUCACUUGGAGAAAGACACUUUACUUCACCGUCUAAAAAGGAUGAAUAGUGAAAAUAAGCAGUAGCAGACUCCAUCUAUAGCUCAGGAGCAAAAAGGGAUGCAUUUCAGACAGCUUUUUUUUCUUGUUUUUUUUUUAAUGAGCUCAGAACAAAAUUUCUGUGGAACAUAUAGUUAUGUGAAUAACUAUAAAGGUUUAGAAUGUCUUUCUUUUUUUAGUUCUGGUUUUAAACUAUGAUGCAGGGAGAAUCAGUUUCUACUGUAAGUUACUAAUUUGUUAAUAGAUGGUGGCAUGAAUAAAUGAGUAAAGUGUACCACAUGUUAUCAAUAAGAUAUCUUCAUUUGUGAAGAUAAAACUCUUUUAUUGUUAGUAGGAGGAUACUAUUUGGGGAAGAUUAAAUUUGCACUAUGUAUAUAGUUGGACAUUAGGUGGUCCACUAUAGCUACUAAAACCAUCUAGAGACUGGUCUUUAACAUAAGCAGAAUUUGUCUGGGGAAAAGCACCCCACUGCAUGCCCAAAUUCUUAAAAGGUGUUAAUUUGCAAAAACCAUAGUAUUGUAAGAAUGCUGUCACUGCAGAAAAUGGGAAAACAUUCUAGCAGUGCAGGAGCAAUGCAAAUACUGGGUUCCAUUUUAUCUGCAACUUGUGGCUAUUUUUGAGGAGCUUUGGAGUAUUGCUUAGUCCACUAGAUAGCAGCUUUCUCAUUAUGUUAUAGAAAGGAAGAGUCCAGGACUCUCUUAAUGAUGAUCAUUAGUCAUUUGUAGACAGUCUUUACUCUUGAUCUGGUACCAGUGCAUUUUAAAAACCUUUAACAGUUUUAUCUUUGUAAAAAUUGUAAUCUAGCUGUACAUUAAUAUGCUUGAUAAGAAAAGUUUUAAUUAUAAUUGUCAUAUCAAACUUGUGAAAUUCCAUAAAAAUAAAAAGUUGCGUUUUAAACCAUG